AUGCUCGACGGCAAACUCCAUCUCGCACCGAUCACACCGACGCCGCAGUGUGUUUUAGAUAUCGCCACCGGCAGCGGUAUAUGGGCUAUUGAGUUUGCCGAACAAUGUCCUUCAGCAUUCGUCAUUGCGAACGACCUGAGUCCCACACAACCUUCCUUCAUCCCAUCGAACGUGCAAUUCGAGAUCGACGACGCCAAUGAACCCUGGACAUAUAGUCGUCGGUUUGACUUCAUUCACUGCCGCCAACACCACUGUGCAAUCGAAGAGCGCAAUCUAUUCACCCAAGCUUUCGAGUUUCUCCAACCAGGCGGAUGGCUAGAAAUGCAAGAACUAUGCUACCCAAUCCGAUGUGACGAUGGCACGUUGUCCGACGAUUGUGCGCUGUCCAAAUGGUCGCGCCUUCUUCUUGACGCGACGGUCCGAGUCGGUCAAGCAGCGAACAAACCCGUCCAGUAUGAGGAGUGGAUGCGCCAGGUUGGAUUCGUCAAUACUAGAACCAUAGUCUACAAGUGGCCGACAAACACAUGGCCGACGGACGGAAAGCUGAAGACCAUGGGCCUGUGGAACCACUACAACGCACUUCAGGGCCUGCAGGGAUUCACUAUCGGACUGUUCACGAGAGUCCUGGGCUGGACUUUGGAAAAGACAGAGGCGUUUCUGCUGGAGGUCAGAAAGGAUCUGGAAAACAAAGAUAUACAUGCUUAUUGGCCUAUGUGGGUAGAUAUCUGAGUUUUCCGACGUCAUGGAACACCGAGCUGAUCACGGAUUGAAUGGCCAGAUAUAUUGUCUACGGCCAGAAACCGCCUCCAGUUGAUCAGAACCCCAGUGCCUUGUGACGGAGCAAGCCCGGUCCAGAAGAAAAACGGCACGGUCUGACUCUGAGGAACCCGCCGGACUAAAUGGAGAUACCUGCGCAAUAUCUCCAGGGAGUCCUGCAAUGCACAUAAUCGGACUGCUUACAUCUUCACCUUGAGACGGCCGUCAAGUGGAAAUGGGCAUAGGGACACCAGUUUUACACUAGUGUUGCCGCUGUCAACACCAGGACUGCUCCGAGGCUGACGUACACAUACGGGCGUGAAGAACGAGCAUUUGGCGUCUUAGUAAGACAUCGUGACAAAGAUUUGGUCAUGGUCAAAUUUUCGCUGGGUGUCAAGAUUGGAGGGUCAAGUACCGCAGUGUUCGUCGGAGUGAUU